AUGGCAGAUAUCGAUCGUGACAGAAUAUCUAUCGUGUCUAAGCGUUCGGUCACAAGCGCGGCUUCGAGGCGAUCUACUCUUUGGUCAAAGAUCCCUCUCUCUUCUAGAAGAUUAUCAUCACCACUCGCAGAUAUAUGUUCCUACAUCGGGACUACUCCCGAUGCUCCCUCGUCUCCAGUCAAUGAAUUGAUCAUUUACAAGGAAGAGAAGGGUGUUCAUCACGAGUUCUUACUUCUGCGAAUGGCGAAACCCACUGGAGAAGAAUUCUGGGUGCGUCUCGAGAGAACGCGGCCGGUGGGCGCUCUCGGAAAUCUGAUAUCCAGUGCAUUGGAAGCAAAUGACAUAGCGAGUCUUUCUGGGAAAAGAGCCGCUCUGUUGGGUAGUACGAAGAGUGUCGAGAAGACGAGAAUCAUUUUUCGCGACCCACCUUCGCUAACGGACUUGCUCCGUGUCCUUGAGGCACUUAGGGAGUCAUCAAAAUUUUAUAAAGUCUGGCCGGAUGGUAGCGAGUCGGGAAGGAAAUUGCCGCUUGGGUCCCCAGCCUUCGAAUCUGCCAUCGAUUGGCUUGAAACUGAGCACGAGCCUACCCAAAUCUCUUCGUCGGUCAAAAUCUCAAAUGCUCCUAUCGCAGGACGCGUAUUCCACGGUAAGACAGAUUCCUUUGCACAGAUUUAUGCCUCCGCUUAA